GAAACACCAUGUACACGAACACCCGCCCGUUGCACCUGAUGCCGUCAUUAUCCAUAUCCGUCUUGGAUAUACUACUUCGACACCCGGGGCUUCGCAUUCAUUGGUGAUGAGGUCUACGGCAAAUCCGAAUGCCAGAUGCGGUGUUUCCCUUGCUUCCCGUUUCCUGUCCCCCGCCUCCCAGGUUGGCCUGUGAUAGAGUGUUCUGUACAACCGUCCGCCGAUAUCCGUUCAGCGACCUAUCAAUAUUCGCUCUCUGUUGGUCAACAUCUUCUGGGACCUGCAACUUUAAGCGCGAGUGGGCCCUGCUUCUGUACCACCGACACCCUACAGUCCUACUUGCUCGGUGGACAGCCUUCUUUCACCAAUCCUCAAACUCCAUAAUCGGCUGUUUGCGUCUCAGAACCCGUCUUCGCGGCGGACAUCCACCUGUUGGAGCCUUUCUCGGCGCCCGAGUGUGGUACGGGUACCCGAUUCCGCCAGAGCUUUCGGCUUCUCCCGGUUAUCAGCAUGAUCAACCAACUUCGACGGGGCACCAUUCCCGCACUGGACUUUUAUUUGCCCGAUCGUCUCCUCCCAGCGACCUGCGUCAUGUCGCCCACCAUCGCUGUGCUACCUGUCGGUUUCGUUCCAUGUCCGAACUUGGGAUGAAUCCAAGCUGCCCGCAUCUCGAGAAGCACACAUGCUCGGUUUCCGUUCCGAACUCAACCUUCGGACUUGCGGUGAGGCCACACCUCAGGUAGCACUCGGAACAGCGUGACUGGACGCGUUUCGUCUCCCAUACAAGGCGAACCGAGGAUUCGGGUGCUGGGCAGCACAACGCUGGUCACUCGGUGGAUGCCCGGUCUCACCGGGAGCACAGCUGGCCACCGGGU